UUAUUUUGAAAACUGUCGUUGACCGGAAGCGGUAGUUGUCAACUAGAGACGAGAGCGAGGAUAAACUAGCUAAGCUUGCAAGUUGAUGUGUUAACAAACAGAGAAAAGGGAGGAUGAGCAGCUCAGAGGAGGUGUCCUGGAUAUCUUGGUUUUGUGGACUGAGAGGGAAUGAGUUCUUCUGUGAGGUCGAUGAAGACUACAUACAGGACAAGUUUAACCUGACGGGUUUGAAUGAGCAGGUGCCUCACUAUCGCCAAGCUUUGGACAUGAUUCUUGACCUGGAGCCAGAUGAGGAACUUGAAGAUAACCCCAAUCAGAGUGACUUAAUAGAACAGGCAGCAGAGAUGCUCUACGGGCUUAUACAUGCACGUUACAUCCUCACAAACAGAGGCAUUGCACAGAUGUUGGAAAAGUAUCAACAAGGGGAUUUUGGCUAUUGCCCCAGAGUCUAUUGUGAGAAUCAGCCAAUGCUUCCUAUUGGUUUGUCAGACAUACCUGGAGAAGCAAUGGUGAAGCUUUAUUGCCCAAAGUGCAUGGAUGUUUACACCCCCAAAUCCUCCAGACACCACCACACAGAUGGAGCCUAUUUUGGGACAGGGUUCCCCCACAUGCUGUUCAUGGUGCACCCAGAGUAUCGUCCAAAGCGACCAGCCAACCAGUUUGUGCCAAGGCUGUAUGGUUUCAAAAUUCACCCAAUGGCUUAUCAACUUCAACUUCAGGCUGCAUCAAGUUUCAAGAGCCCGGUCAAGACAAUUCGCUAGAAUGCCACUUUGACAAACACAGUGGACUCAAAGACUGUGCUGUUUACUACUUGUUUGAAGCAAAGGAUUAUAUAAUCGCAGUGAAUGCCUGUACAGUUCCCCAAACUCACCUCUGUGUUGAUACAGUCUCUCAUUUAGUGACACACUUACAGUUGAGCAGGAUAGUUUUCUUUAUCAAACAUGUAAUUAUUCCCCAAAUCGAAAAUCUCCUGAUACAAUGUUUAACUUAAAUUGAUGUCAUUGCAUCUUUUCACAUUUUUUACCAAACAGAAAAGUGGCUUUAACUUUAAUGAAAGCUACAGUGUACUUUGUGGCUCAAUUGCAGGUGAAUGAAUGUAACAGGAAAUGUUGCCACCAGCCCCUGACAAGUUUGCCUUAUCCAUGAUAAAGUCAGUCAAUACUUUAAGGUUAACAUUAAAUUGCAUCAGAUCAUAUUAACUUGUGCUGCAUUUUGGAACGUGCAUACGGUUUUAUUCUGUAAAGAGUAAGGAUUUUAUUUUGAAACAGCAAUAUUUGUAAGUGUGGUAAGGUGCUAUUUUCAAGAAACCAUGAAUACCAAAUUAGAGGUAAAGAACGUGUUAAAAAUGGACCUAUGCUUGAUUUAAAUUUUAUUACUAUGUUCAUUUGCCUUGAAAUUCAGUAUGUAUGUACUUUGAUUGUUUAGGCAACUGUAACAACAUGUUCCUGAUAAUCCUGUAGUUUCAUCAUGUUUAUGUUACGGUAUUACAAUCUAGACAGAUGUGACAUUCUCAA